AUGUUUGCGGUCGAAACAAUUCGUCGUACUGGAGUCAUCGUAUGCAUCCUUUCUUUCGUGUCGAUGGCAAUCCUUCUCGUCACCGUCAUGAACAUCUAUGAACGAGCAAACACUUUUCACUCCGAAGCCAUGGCACGCAGCCAAGCAUUUGCGAAGAAGUCGCAAGUAAUUUGGGCAGAGAUGAGCGAAAUAAAUCGUGUACAUCGAAUUCCCAGAGAUUAUGGCAGUGUAUCUACAGCAGAGGAGUUGAAGAAAGGAGUUCUGCACAAGUGCAGC